AUGGCAGCGAACCCUUUCAGAGCAGAUUGCGACGGCGACGCCUACAACUCGAGUAGCAGCUUUGGCAGAAGCCUAAGCGACCUCUUGUCCUCCCUUACUUUCCUUUCCUCCAACUCUAACUCCGCCAACGCCACCGCCGGAGCCGGUAGAGACUCCGUCUACGGCUUAUACAUGUGCCAAGGCGACCUCUCCGGCUCCAACUGCCAGAGCUGCAUCCAGACGGUCGUCGCCGGCGCCAACCAAAGCUGCCCGGGAGUUCGUCGAGCGAUCGUCUACUACAACCAGUGCCACCUCCGCUACUCUGACGCAAACUUCUUCGGCGUCGUCGACGCUGACGGAUUCAACAUGACCAACCCCUUGGAGGCGGCGCCCCAGCGACGGCCGCUCAUGUGUGCCACCAACAUGUCGGAUAUGUAUCCCCUGUUCGCCCUGGCUCAGUGCACGGCUGACCUGAGCCCCAACGGCUGCCGGAGGUGCUUGACGGCGAGUCUGGCGGCCAUCGAGAACUGUUGCAUCCAGAGGAAAGGGUGGCGGUAUCUCUCCCCGAGCUGCUGGAUAAGGUACGAGCCCACUCCGUUCUUCGGCAAUUACCCCAACAACUUGAGCACAGGCCUCUUCGACGACCUGAGUACUCAAGCUCCGGCGACGGGCUUCUACAGCUCUUCCGCCGGAGACGACGGCGAUAGGAUGUACGGCCUCGGGCUCUGCGCCGGGGACGAUGUGACUCGUGGUGAGUGCGCGGCGUGCCUCGCCACAGUGGGGCGAGCCAUAGCGAACGAGUGCCCCAACAAGACGGAGGGGUACAUGUGGUACGGACCGUGCUUCUUGAAGUACUCGCAGCAACGCUUCUUUGGCGAGCUAGACACCGACGUGCACACCUUCUGCGGCGGCGCGGCGCCGGUGACCGCGGAGUUCAGUCGUGCUACAGAGGCGAGAGCGCGAAGCAUUGCGCAGGAGGCGAGGUGGCGGCGUUCGACGAGGUGGAGGCGUUCGGCGAGGUGGCGACGUUCAGCGUCGAGUGGCGUUGGCGUUGUUCGAGAAUAG